AUGAAGAUCUCCCAUCCCUUUUCCUGCAUCCUUCUGCUCAGCAUCGGUGCAUGCUUUCCUUUGGACAAUGGACAAGGUUUAGAAUUCCCCGGAGAAGAACUGGAGGCCAUGCUGGAGCAACCUGACUUUGGGGGAGCCAGGAGAACCCCCAAGAGGCACCAUUCACCCCAGCAAGGCUUCAGCUCCCUCUUCAGCUUGGCCCAAGAGCCACAGGGCUUUGGGAAAGAUAAAACGGGCACCCGGUUCCGGUUUGGGAGGCAGCAGGGUGGCCGAGAGGAUAAAAAAGAAGCGGUCAACUCUCUGCCAGCAGAGGAUGGGGAGAAGAGGGCUGGUGGACUCCAGAGUCUUGCAGAGGAGCUGAAUGGUUAUCACAGGAAGAAGGGGGGCUUCAGCUUCCGGUUUGGGAGGCGUGGGAGAAGAACUAGGGUUUGGGAGAACAGAGAAACCCUGUCCUGCCUGUGUAACUGA